AUGGCGGGAACCUCGCUUGCUCUGGCAGGGAAACGACCAAGAUGCUUCAUUCGCGUGGACGAGCGACAAACAGAGUGUAGCGACCAAGGCGACCGUCAGCAGCCUAGAGAUCAUCCAUCCCAUCCUCUCGGUGGCUUACUGUGGUCAGACUUCUUAAGCUUGCAAGAGAUCAACCUCAACCUGGCUCUUGCAUUUGCUCUUCCUGGAACAGCAAGUUUAAUAUCUCAAUUGCCCAUGGAUGCGCUGCAGCGAUUGGCCGAAACUAUCAGGGAGGAGUGGCUGGCUGACAGGAGGAACGAGGGGCUGCUGACACCUCCGACAAGCCCUAGAAUACAACAGGAACAACGAGUCCCUCCAAACUGCAAGGUUGAGAGGAGGCUGAUGAAGCUGAAGCAUCGGUCGGCUAUUUGCUUCGACCAUGCAAGACCGAUCGCAGACGUGCUUUCAUUUCCCUUUGAUGCCUCAAACAUUCUGAGCUUUCAGAGAGAUCGAGAUUUUAUCCCGAAAGGAUUCUUGGAAGACCAUGGUGAUGAGACGGCAUACUAA